CACACACACACACACACACUAGAGAGCUAAGAGAUUACAAAGGCACAGAGACCCAUAUGCCGACAAGCAAUGGAGACGAGUAAACUCAAUGUGAGGCGAAUGCGAGGUAACGAUCAAGGGAUUGUUGAAAAUGACUCCCCAGCAGAACCACAUGGCAGCAGCUCUGUUCGACCUGUUUCUGCUCUUGUUCGUCUCUACGUGUAUGCGCUGCAUGGCUGCCUCUGCGAGGUGGCCUUCACUGCUGUGUGGGACUGGUGCAGCACCCAGGACAGGAGGCUGGCAGGCCACAGCAGUCUGUGGGCGCUGCCCAUGUAUGCCACAGCAAUCUAUCUCAUGGAGAGGCUGAGGGCCCUGAUGCUCGCUCAGAAUCACCCACUGACUGUGCGGCUCGUGCUCUACACUGUUUUCAUCUACCUGUGGGAGUUCAGCUGGGGUGUGGGGCUUAGUUUGUUGGGAGCCUGUCCAUGGGACUACUCAGGCCAUAGGUACAACCUGAGAGGACUGAUAACUCUGGACUAUGCACUUCCCUGGGCUGUGGCUGCAUAUAUAGCAGAACAGCAUGUGAUCAGGCACACUUUAAGAAUAAGACUGCAUAACUGAACCGCUGUUGUGACGAUCUGGACUCAUGUGCUUCCAAAACACUUGAUUAAUUAAUUUCAUAUUAAUUAUAUUAAAAGUAACUAUUCUGUUGUUUUUAGCAGUAUAAUAAACCUGACUGGGA